AGGAAGCAAAAAGCGAAGUGAAAGUGAUGGAGCUGUCCGUCCCUUUUGUGAAAGUUGGAACUUAUUCGAGGCACUCCAUAACUGCGACAAUAUUGCAGCCCUGAUACUCAAUUUGCAACACUGUUGCAGAUGCUCAGCUGAUACUUAAGCAAAAUAAUUGCAAUAUUUUGCGCGAAUUGUGACCGAAUGUGAAAGUUUAACCAUGAAUUUUGUAAUAAAUAUAGCGAUAGAUACUUUUGAAAGCAGUGAUAAUAACUUGCUGAUCAAGUAUGGAAAAAAUAGAAAGCAAAAUUUUUUAAGAAAGAGAAAGUGGUUCCUCCCUGAAAUUUCAAAAAAGAGAACAGUGACGAAGAUGACAAAGGUUUGGAAAAUAAUUCCAUUGUACCAUGAUGAUACAUAUUUCACGCAUUUUCGCAUGACUCGUGAAACAUUUGCAAUAAGUAUUGUUGUUUACUUUGUGGAAGUACCUGAUAAAUAAAUUAAUUUGUCUUAGGACUUGAAAAAUGCGUUAGAACCAUUUUCGUCAACACCACACGGAGAAUAUUCCUUGGAACAUUCCUUGCAUAUGACUCUUUUGAAGCUAAGCAAUAGUAGAGUCACAUAUCGUGAGCUUGCCGAUAGAUUUAAUGUUGGGCAAGGAACUGCCCACAAACUUUUCCUCAAAACAAUCAAGACAAUCUGCAAACUUAAAAACGAAAUAUGUUGGCCGUCAGUUUUACAGCAGAAAAAAAUAAUGGAAGACUUUCAAACAAGCCGGGUAAAUUCAUUUCCUUUUGUUGUCGGAUGCUUAGAUGGAACGCAUUUCAAAAUUAACACUCCUCAAACAGAUGCAAUUAGUUAUUAUGACCGUAAAGGAAAUUUUUCAGUUAUUAUGCAGGCCAUAUGCGACAGUAAGUUCUGUUUUUUAGAUGUGUUCAUCGGCUACCCAGGUAGCUGUCAUGAUGCCAAUGUGUGGAAAAAUAGUCCACUUUACAAAGGGAGCACAUCUGGACAAAUAAAACUUGCGAAAGAUGCAAUUAUUCUAGCCGAUUCAGCAUAUCCUGUUUCAAGAUACUUAAUUGCUCCUUUUAGAGAUAACGGACAUCUUUCCAGAGAGGAAAAACAAUUCAACUAUUAUAUGAGUUCAACCCGAGUAUUUAUCGAGCAAACGUUUGGAAUUUUCAGGGCUAAGUUCAAAAUAUUGAAUCAUAUUGAUAAGCGCAAUAUAGAAGACAUAUCAACUGUGAUAUUAGCUUGCGCAAUUUUACAUAAUUUUAUACUGCGAAGCAAUCCGGUUCAUUCUGAAGACAAUCAUACGUGUAUGCCUGAAAAUUUAGAAAAUUCAAAUGAUCACGAUAUGAUUGAACUACCUGAAAAUAUAAAUGACACCAAUGAAGGAAUUAUCAGACGAAAUAACUUGAAAAUGCUAUUUAUUUCAUAGAAGUAUUAUUUCAAUAAUGUAUACAUAUAUGUACAUAUCAAAUAAAUGAUUAAUUGAUUGAAAUCUUGUUAUAUCAGUUAAUUUAAUUAAAAUCACCUACCC